GUCUGCGAUAUCCUCCUCCAGCCAUGGCGUCGAAGCUCUCUUCCGUUACGCGGGCCAGCCGAGUGCUGCGCCAAUUGCCCAUCUCCCAAUACAGACCCUUCUCCGCCGCCCCUCAACGGCUCAGCGACUCGCUCAACGUGCACCGCAAUAAGCCUUCCAACAACCCGACCCUCCCGUUCAAGUUCACCGAGCAGAACCUCACCCUCGCCGAUGAGAUCCUCAAGCGCUACCCUCCCCAGUACAAAAAGGCCGCCGUCAUGCCCCUGCUCGACCUUGGCCAGCGCCAGCACGGCUACACUAGCAUAAGCGUCAUGAACGAGGUUGCCCGCAUGCUCGAGAUGCCCCCGAUGCGUGUUUACGAAGUCGCGACCUUCUACACCAUGUACAACCGCGAGCCGGUCGGCAAAUACUUUCUUCAGAUUUGCACUACAACCCCCUGCCAGCUCGGCGGCUGCGGCUCCGACUCCAUCGUCAAGGCCAUCAACGAGCACCUCGGAAUCACCCCCGGCCACACCACCGAGGACGGCCUUUUCACUUAUAUCGAGGUCGAGUGCCUGGGUGCCUGCGUCAACGCCCCCAUGGUCCAGAUCAACGACGACUACUACGAGGACUUGACCCCCGAGUCCAUCAAGACCCUUCUCACUGCUUUGAAGGACUCUGCCAGCGCAACUGGCUCCGGUGCCACCACCAAGGUUCCCGCCCCCGGUCCGCUGAGCGGCCGUGACACUUGCGAGAACAGCGCUGGCCUGACCAACCUUAAGGACGUCCCCGUGUGGAACCCCGAGAUCAUGAUGCGCAAGGACGGUGCUCUGGAUGAGAAGGCCCAACAAUAG